CUGUUUCUCUCAGUCCUGACGGUAACGUUAACUGUUAACUGACGGCUAACCAGCGGCAGACCAACACAACGGAACACAGACGAAGCAGUAAUCUAGAUACAAUGAAGGACAACAAUUUCCCCCGAAUUUUUACAAUUAUCUUGUGUGCGGCGGUUUUUAUUGCCGUUUUAGUUUUUAACGGUUUGGCUCAAACGGGAAGAGGUCUCUUCCAUUCCACCACAGGUAAUGUGUCAGCCCGCUAUGAGACAGACAUCACUCCAGCUGGCUGGACCUUCUCCAUCUGGGGUGUUAUCUAUACCUGGCUCACCCUGAUGGUCAUAUACAUCACUACAUAUGUAUUCAGAGGAUCCUGGGCUCAGUGUCUGCUGCCCUACUCCUUCUAUUUUUGCUGGCUGUCCAACAUGGUGCUGAACAUGAUAUGGCUGCUGCUAUGGGACAGAGAGAUGAUGCUAGCGGCUCUGGUUGUAUUAAUCAUGAUAGUGAUUUCCAACUACAGCGCGUUGUUCUUUUGUUGCUUUGCCACAGAUUACUAUGGACUCUGGUUACAGACAUACCAUCGCAAAGACCUGGCCUGUCUCAGAAUACUGGUCCAGAAUGGUUUGGCUCUCUACACCACAUGGACAUCCAUCGCCUCUCUGAUCAACUUCUCAUUGGUUCUCCACCUGUGGGGUGUGGACAGGAGCACAGCAGCAACAGCUUCUCUGUGCAUCCUGUUUGCAGAGGUGGUGGGAUGGUUUAUCCUUGAGAACUGGGUGCUGGACCGUUGGGUGCGUAACAUCCUGACAGUGUACCCCGUGGUGAUUGUGGCUCUGGUCGGAAACAUCCUCAAACAUUUUAACCCAGCUGAUCCCACUCCAAACUCUCUGUUUAUGGUUAUACUGCUGGUGUUAGCGUGUGUCCUGCUGGUUUUCCGAGUCUGUACUGUUAUCUGGAGAAACAGCAGGCGGCCUCUUCACUCCCCAGGCUCAGCACGGCUGAUUGUAUCACCCCUUGACGGCAGCAAAUUCAAGAUCCUUAUAUAAACAUGCUGAACUUGUAUUGUACCUCUUGUCCCACUGUAGCCUUUAAACUCUAAGCCCAAACCCAUUUAUUUACAUUUUCACACAAGCAAUUGUGAGGGUAAAUCUGCCAGUUUUAAAUUGAGGUUUUACUUGUGAAGGUGUUUUAACUAGUUGUGGAUUUGCAAACAACAUUGAUAAGAACUGUGUUUCUUACAAUGGAAUGUUUGAAAUUAGCUUGAGAGAGAGAGUCUGUAAUGGGAAGGUGGGUAAACCUUUUCUGUAUGCAAAGUACCUUUCAUACAAAUGCUUGCAUGUGAUUUAAUUAUCAUGUUUUUAUUGCCAUUGUACAGCAGUUUUAUGCAGCAUUUAUGGGUUUUUUUUAAAUUUUAUAUUCAUGCACUAACCAUACAUACUAUCAAUAUAUUUUAUAUAUAUUGGCUUUUUGACAAUAUCAUUUGAAUUAGUAAACAGUCAAAUUGUACUAUAAAGUACUUGUGCUUUUUUGUGAAUUUAUAUAGAUUUGCCAAUUAAAGCGUUGUUUGCUUCUAA